AAUCCGUUUACUUUGGCAGUGUUGCUAGAUAUAAACAAAAAUGGCGGAUACAGAUAUUGCAACACCAACAAAAACUAAAAAGACUAAAAAGGCCAGACCGAAGUCUUCAAAGCCUGUCGGAGAUGAGGAAGCGAUUCCUCUUGCUGAUAUGGACACCAAAUCCAAGUUUGACCAGCUCCUACAACAGGCUGUCGGCCAAGCUACAGAGGGUGCAAAGACAAAAAAGAAAAAGAAGACAAAGCAAACUGAUGAAUCGGUGCUGGAGUCUCUAAGGAAAGGGGAAGGUCUACAGAAAGAUGAGGAUGCUGCUAUCAAAGCUAACACCUACGAUCCGGAAAAUAGUCCGAAGAAUGAGAAAAGUAACAAACAAAAACAGAAAUUGAAGGAUAUGGAGGGGAGAGACAAUGAAGGCUUUGAAAUCCUGGAUGAAACAAAGAAAACUAAGAAGAAGAAAAAGAAGGAUGACUCUGGCUUAGCCUCACCUAAAGAAAAGUCAGUGACUAUCCUAGAAUUGGAUCCCUCAGCACCUGUAGAGAAAAAGAAAAAGAAGAAAAAGCCUCCAGAUACUGAGGAGGAUGUUGUAGCUACUGAAGAGGAACCUCCUACACCCACCAAGACAAAGAAAAAGAAGAAGAAGGCAACUGAUGAGGAUCGUCCUAUGUCACCUGAGUCAGAACCAGCUUCACCAAAGCCUGCUAAACGAAAAAAGAAAAAGAAGACAGAUGGUGGUCAGGAUGAAGAAGAACAGCCACUCUCUCCAGCUGAAUCUGAACCUACUUCACCAAAAGCUGGAAAGAAGAAGAAAAAGAAAAAAGGACAGGAAACAGAAGAAGAAGAAGGUGCUAUGUCUCCAGCUGAGACAGGCUCACCUAAACCAGAAAAGAAAAAGAAGAAAAAAGCCAAGAAGGAAACUGAAGAGGAGGAAGCAAUGCUUUCACCUCCAAUGAGUGAUGAAGAACAAGCAUCGCCCAGUAAAGGAAAGAAGAAAAAGAAAAAGAAGAAAAAGGAAGAAGGAGAGGAAGGAGAGGAAGGAGAAGAAGUUCAGGAUGCUGAGGGAGAGGAUGCAGAUGAUGAGGAAACACAGGUGAAGGAAGUCAAGAGAGUGAAGAAGAAGGCACCUGCUGUGAUAGAAGAGACAGAGGAGCAGCGUUUGGGGAGAGAGGCGAUAGAGGACGAAGGUCAGAUACUGGCCGUCACAGUUCACCGAACAGACAAGCUUAAAAAUGACUUCCACAUCUUACAUCCCAUGGUGCGUGUUCACAUUGUUAAUGAGGAGACUGGGCAGAACCUCACCAAACAAAAGAAGGACCGAGCAGUGUCUGCUUAUUUUGAAACGCAGAACGAAAAUAUCACCCAAAUCGUGCCAAUUAUGACUCAGCCUUUUGACUUCAAACAAAAAAAAUCUGUGCUUCCAGUUUGGGAAGAAUUGCUGGUCUUCAAUGAAAACUUCAAUUAUUUUAUCCAGGACUACCCCAAAGUCAUAAUAUUUUUUGAGCUAUUGGACUUUGUGAGCAUGAGCACGGCAAGUCGACAGUACGAACAGAGUAAAAGUGAGGGUGGCUGGCAUAGAAUUGCCUGGGCUUUUCUCAAGUUGAAAGGCGUCAACAACAAACUGAAUGCAGGCUCCAAGGUUCGCCUCCAAUUGUUUGAGCCUGUGUACAAAUUCCGGGCUAAGCCUGGCCAAGUGGAGUUGUGGCAGUGGUGGCAGACUCAGGGCCGACGUCCAUAUCCUUCUACUCUUUAUGUGACCCUGAAGGGCAUCACACCACCUGAUGUCGUGGAACCAGCCAUGCGGUCCAUGUUCGCCACUCAAAAGGAAGUGGGAAGCAAGACAUACGCAGAUCUUAAGAAGAGUACUAACUGGUCCGAUGCUAGGAGAAAGAGAGAAAUAGAAAAAAGGACACUUUCAUCAUGGACAAGGUUGGUUGGACAGAUGUGUCGAAUCCCGAACAGGAUGAAGUUAACACUACAGGCUGGUAGGAAGGGAUGUUAUGUGGUGAAAUUCUCACAUGAUGGAAGAAGUUUAGCAUGUGCUUGUCAUGACAGGGAGAACUAUCCAAUUCUAGUCUAUGAGAUCCCAUCUGGUCAGCUACUCGGCAAGUUUAGGGGUCAUUUUGGCAUUGUUUAUGACCUUUCUUGGUCUAAGAAGGAUGACUACAUAUGUUCGGCAUCAUCAGAUGGUACUGUCAGGGUGUGGAAUCUGGAGAACUUUGAUACCUCAGAAAAGUUACUACCUCACCCAGGCUUUGUGUACACAGCACAGUUCCAUCCUCGUGUGGAUAACAUCAUUACCACAGGUGGCUACGACCAGGUAGUGCGGAUCUGGGAUGUGGACGUGGACAGUGUCCAUGGACAGUUAAAACAAGAGAUUGAGAACCACAAGGGACAUGUUAACUCUAUAUGUUUUGAUGAUGACGGUCAGAAACUUUACACAGCUGACAGUGUUGGUGAUAUCAAAGUCUGGAAUGUGUACGUGACGGAAAAAGUCAGCCAGAAAGGAUUCCUGCGAGACUGGACACAUUUCCAGGACCUUUCAGAUCCUGAAAUGAAGGAUGUUCCCAUCAACUAUAUCCAGCUCCACCACAGUGGGCGUCGCCUCCUGGUACAUUGUCGCGACAACAUCAUCAGGAUGAUUGACCUACGCAUACAACGGGUGAUGCAGAAGUACAUUGGAGCAUUGAACUUUCGGGAACAGAUUCGGAGUACUAUCACACCGUGUGGAUCCUUUGUGUUCUCUGGAAGUGAAGAUAACUACGCAUAUGCUUGGAACACAGACACUGGGGACCAAGUGGCUAUGUACUCUGAGCUGAACUACCGUCACCCUGUGACAGACAUCGACUACCAUCCCCGUGACCACAUGUUCGCCACGUGUUCUCUAGGGGACAACCAGGCCAUUAUAGUAUAUGACUAUGAUCCACAUGUUGCCCAGAUGGAUGCAGGACUAACCCCGAGACAGAUCAUACCAGAUCCUAAAGAGGAACUAGACACCAUGCCAGUCUCUACCAUGGCCACCACCAGGCAAGAUGAAACACUUAUGUCUUCCAAUGUCCUGAAUAAAGAUCAGUUUGAGGCCCACAGCACGGCCAGGCUACAGAAAGUGAUGAAAAAACUCAAUGCUGCAACGUCCCAGAUGAUGUCCGGACCCUUGGAUCUCCCUGGAGUGCCGGUCUCCUCGCCACGACUAGCACACACAGGAUUCCUUUCCCUUGACCAGACUAUGACACCUAGGACUCUGACUACUGGUCCCCAGGCAUUCAGUCCACAUGCACCCCGGACAAUGACCAGCGUCAUGCAGCAACAACAAUUUAGCUCGCAGAAAAUGUACAUGAAAUCAUCAGAUUCAGAUUGGCGACCUGGCUUCCAUGAAGUUGGACGCUCUGGAGCCAGGAGUUCUAGUCCGACAUUCAUUGGAAGACCUCCUCAGAUAGCUCUAACGGCACAGGGCAAUAAAGCCCAGUUCAGCUUCCAGGCCCCAGCAGGCAAGGCAGUACCAGGCUAUGGAGUUGUGAAGGCAUUGUACGACUACCGGGCCCAGAGAUCAGACGAGCUGACCAUAUUUAAGAAUGAUGUGAUCACUGUCCUGUAUAAAGACAACGAAAACUGGUGGAUGGGAGAACUACCUGAUGGACAGCAGGGAUUCUUCCCGGCCAACUACGUCUUGGCAGAAGAAGGAGAUGACCGACAGUUUGACACUCUUCCUUCACCAGAUCGGAGUAAGGGCAAGAAGGUGACAGCUGUGACAACGAAAUCUGGGGAGUUAAAGUUCCUCUCUGGGACAGAGGAAUCUGACGAUGACAUCCUGGAAGGAAGGAAGAAAGGAAAAAAUGGUAAAAAGAAGAGAGGAUCCAAAGAUAAUGUCAUGAGUGAUACUGCAUCAGUGGACAGUAAAGCCAGUAAAGGCAGCAAAGGUAGUCGGAAGGGCACCAAGAAACCCCCUGUCAUUCCAAAUGAAUCAACAGCAUGAGCUGUGCCAUUGGUGAUCCUCCACCCCAAAGUGCUGUGAUAUUUUUGUUAUACCACGUUAGAACAAUAAGACUGAACAGUGAUUCUUGAACUUGAACACUUGAACUUGAUUCAGUCCAAGGCCAAAAAGUUGUUGUGGUAUUUGUUAAUUGAUUUCUUGAAAGUAAUUGAUAUUAGAUUGAUUAGUUAUAAAUCAAAUAAUCGUAAGAGAAAUUGAAUUUAAAAGAGUUUGAACUGAGUUUUCAGUAUAUACCUGCAUAAUCAUGAUUGCCAGUUGAUUAAGGGCUCGAAGUGGUAGAUGACCUGACGGAAAUCGUAUCUGAAAAAAGUGUUUUAGUUUAUGUGCUGCUAGAAUAACAAUACCUUACUACGGCUAGUUUGGUAGAAAUGUUUUUGCCCGAUUAAAAUAACUUUAUAUUAGCAGUACAACAAUAUGGUGGCCUUGUACUUCCCAUUGUAGAAUGGUGCUUACCAGUAUAGACCAAUGACAAAAAAACAUUUCUAUAUUUUUAUUGAUUUAUUUUCAAAAUAGUCAUGGACACAUUGAUUGUUCAUCCAUCCAUGAUGUUUUGUACAAGUACAUAUUCGUAUACAUCCGUCCAUCAGAAAUUUUCUGACCAUUUGUAGAGAUAAUUAAUAGUCACUAUUUUUGUGAAGUGAUUACAAUUUUACAAGUUAAAUUAAAUCUCAAAUGAGGCCAGAUCUGUUAUCAUUUUGUUCUCUACAACUUAAUGGUGAAAAUGACGUAAAUCUCAAGUUACCAGAGGAGACACAUCUGUAUGACAUUAUUAUUGGUAUUCAAAGUUGUUGUAGUUCUUGUUGUGGUAUUGUAAUGUGCUGUUAUUGUUUACAGGGGGUAAUUUGAAGUUUUGCUACAAUUGCUUAUUAAAUUAAAUUAAGACUUUCAUUUAAUGAGAAUCUCAUGCCCUGAUAGAAUAUUUAGUAGUAACAGAUUGCUGUAUUUUAUAUGUUGAUUGGUGUCAUUAAUAUUACUCCAGAUGUGCAUAUAUUGGCACACUAACUUAAUAUUGAAUUUUAAUUGAUUGGCAAAAUUGUGAAUUGACUCACCCACAAUAUCUGCAUUAAAAACAACAAGCUUAAAAAGUAAUUAGUAAAAAGAUAAUUAUGUGUGAUACUUUCAGCAGGAAAUAUUCAGAAAUAAGAUUCAAUGACUGAAAUUAAAAUGUUUACAGCAUCAAGUGCCAUAUACUGGUGGUAGAUGUAAAUCUGCCCCUGAUUCAGUAAAAGUUAUCCUGACACUAACAGGUGUUAUCUGACAGAUUACUGGAGUUAUCCCGACACUAACAGGUGUUGUCUGACAGAUUACUGGAGUUAUCCCGACACUAACAGGUGUUGUCUGACAGAUUACUGGAGUUAUCCCGACACUAACAGGUGUUGUCUGACAGAUUACUGGAGUUAUCCAGACACUAACAGGUGUUAUCUGACAGAUUACUGGAGUUAUCCCGACACUAACAGGUGUUAUCUGACAGAUUACUGGAGUUAUCCAGACACUAACAGGUGUUGUCUGACAGAUUACUAGAGUUGUCCCGACACUAACAGGUGUUAUCUGACAGAUUACUGGAGUUAUCCCGACACUAACAGGUGUUAUCUGACAGAUUACUGGAGUUAUCAAAGGGCACUAACAGGUGUUAUCUGACAGAUUACUGGAGUUAUCCCGACACUAACAGGUGUUAUCUGACAGAUUACUGGAGCUAUCACAGGGCACUAACAGGUGUUAUCUGACAGAUUACUAGAGUUAUCCCGACACUAACAGGUGUUAUCUGACAGAUUACUGGAGUUAUCCCGACACUAACAGGUGUUAUCUGACAGAUUACUGGAGUUAUCCCGACACUAACAGGUGUUAUCUGACAGAUUACUGGAGUUAUCCCGACACUAACAGGUGUUAUCUGACAGAUUACUGGAGUUAUCCCGACACUAACAGGUGUUAUCUGACAGAUUACUGGAGUUAUCCCGACACUAACAGGUGUUAUCUGACAGAUUACUGGAGUUAUCCCGACACUAACAGGUGUUAUCUGACAGAUUACUGGAGUUAUCCCGACACUAACAGGUGUUAUCUGACAGAUUACUGGAGUUAUCCCGACACGAACAGGUGUUAUCUGACAGAUUACUGGAGUAAGUAAUAAGAUAAUCACCACAAUAAGAUUAAGUUAAAAAGUGAUCCAUGUUGGAGCUAUCUAGUUUUGUCUUCCAAUCUUUUUCAGACUCGAUGACCUCUGAGCCUUAUUACCUACUUGGCUGCAGUCAUAUCAAAUAUACAUUGUCUUUAUUAUAGUGUCGCCAUGUAAUAAUUACAUUAUAUGAAAAUGUACAGGACUUUUGACGCCACCUUCGUGUUAUAUUAACAUUCUGCUACUAACUUAUUUCACGGUUGAGCAGUUCAUCCCUUGUUUUCAGCACCCUAGAAUUAAAGCUUCUCCCCAAAACUCCAUAAACUGAACAUAUUUAAUAAAACAUCAAAAGAAAACCUGGUUCCACUCUUAUGCUUCCAGAAUUAAAGACAUGAAUUAUAAGUGAGUUAGAAAGUCAAUACCACACAACACAAGUCCCUUGUCAAAUAACAAAUAUUCUCGGAAAUUGGAAGUUGACAAUACGUGCUGCAUGCAUUAUUUAAGCCAUAUUUAGGGGGAAUCAAGCAAGCAUGCAGUCAAUUAGCAGACAAACAUAAACUGAUGUAGCUGGAGUUUUAUAGAACCUAGUCUCCAUUAGUAGAUUUGUACGAUGACAAUAGCACACCACUAUAAAUUAUAUGGUAACCACAACUGUAUGUCUUUGAAUUGUCAGUAAUGUGUUGUUUGAGAUGUGUUACACAUAAUUUGAUUUGUAUUAACGUGAUCAGUUUGUUAUGUAUUGGUAUGGUUUAAUCUUUGCUUGGUCACCUUUACCUGACAAUAGACAGUAACAUUUCACUCCCAUCACUGAUCACCAUAUAAUUAAUCCUAUUGGUCUGAACAUAACCACAGAGAUCAUUCUUUACAACUAGUAUCUCCGUAUUUUUUCUGUCAUCGCGCCAGUGCCAUUAUAUGAAAUCUCACCUGAUCCAUUGCCUCAGUGAGGUUUCUAAUUUAGACUGAUCUUUUGUCUCAGAUUUUUAUUUUUAACUGACAUUUCGCCUCAGCCAGAUUUCUACUCUCACCUUCAGAUAACCAGCUUUGUUUUUAUUUUCAUUUUUUUUUUAUUUUUCAGAAGUUAUAAUAUGACUAAUUUAAAACAAUAAAAUACAGAUGUGUUAAAAUGGUUUUAGAGUACAACUGUUUAUCAAUAUACCAGUGUAAGGAAUCAACAUGGCAGCUUUAUUCUUCUGUCAGUACUGGUCACCUACAAACCACUUUAUUGAGAUUAAUUUUAUGUUAUUACUAGAAUUACAAAGGACGAUAGUUAUUUGUUGGUCUUCUCUUGAUUAAUUAGAAUUUUUUAAUUGAAAAAAUUAAAUUCCUUAUCUGAUUAACCUAUCUAUGGUAAUGUUGAAGACUUCAAAUGGAUGUCAUGCACAUUCAGACCAUAUGCAGCUUAGGAUAUUGGCUGGUUGAUACCAAAUAUGCAUUUCAGCCAUAGAUAAGAUCUGUACCAGUGUGAGUCUCGUAACAUUGGCUAUUUGUCUGUUCCGUGUGACAAGUUCAGACCAUUAAGUUAGAUUCGUUGGGUACUGUUUGUUGACACGCAUGCCUGUGAUUUUGAGCCAAGUUCUAUUUUUCUACAAGAUUAGCCUUUGCAAAUAUUUGUACAUAAAUCCAUGAAAUGCAUCCUUCAAAUGAAAAUGUCACAAUGUAGACCCUCUCAUCUGUCAACAUAAGGACCCUGCCCACCCCUGACAAUUCCAUUGCCAUAACCUCAAUCAAUGGCUAGCAGGGUCCAAUCUGGCUGCAGGGGUGAGCAAAGCCUAAUAGAAGUAUGACUACAUUAACUACAGUGGUUGACCAGUGGGUUGCAUUUCCUGUGAUAGAAUGAUGAUAAAAUGCCAAGCUUAUUGACAUAAAUAUCAAUGGCAGUUUUGCAGGCAGGGUAUCCAGUAUUUGUAUUGUUAUGUGGUUAGGACGUAAACCAUUAAUUAUUCAUUGUUUGCGGGCAGUAUCUGGUUGUAUAACCAUCCUGGGAAGCUGGUCACUGUCUCCUGUCAGGGGUUGGGAUACCAGCUCUCAAUUAAUUUUUCAUUCAAACUGAGAGACUCAUUUCAAUCAUACUGUGGAUUUUUCAAUCAUGCUUGAAAUUGAUGUUUCAUAUUUAUAUUCUAUUAUUAUUUUUAUAUUAGGCUAGAAUAUACACAUUUUUUCAAUUGCUAAUUAAAAACAGAAUAUUCUGAUUAUUUAUACUUUAUUGCUAAUUAAAAACUGGUACUAUUUUACACCCGGCGCCCAGUUGUUCAAAAGGUGAUUAGGCUUAUCGCAAUAUUGAAAUCCUGAUAAAAUAAUUUCUGGUAGAACUAUCUUGACAAAAUGCUACGAUACUAUCACACUCCUCAGUCCCUUCCUACCUGACCAUUUUAAGGAAUACACACACACAGGUUUUGAAGUAAAGGAGAAAUGAGAUUUUCACUAAUCAAGUGAUUAAGCUAAUCACCUUAUGAACAACUGGGCCCAGCCUGUAAAAUUGCCUCCAUCUUUGAUUUUAUAAUCAUGUUUCUCCUCUGUUGAUGUAAUAUUGUCAUUGUCAUCUAUCUUUAUGAAAUAAGAUACUAUUUCGUUAUUUGUUGAAUUGAGAGUUUUUGAUAUCUUUUAUGAUAACUUGUGUUAAUGCCAUCAGGCAGUAUAGCUGUUAUCAUCUAAUGGCCGUCCAGUGUACCAACAGAACUCUACUAUAUUUUGUCUGAUUUUUAGCCCACCAUCUGAUGUUAGUGGGCUAUUCAAAUCAUUCGUCUGUCCGUCCCUCUGUAAAAAAAUUCUUGUUAUUGCUCUUUCUCAGAAAGUACCAAAGGGAUCUUUCUCAAAAAAUGGUGGGCUCCAAGAUCCCUCUGGGAUCCCUUGUCAAUAAGUACUCAUGUAAACUUGUUAAAAGAAGACAAAUUGAGAAAAACGUAUUUUGAUACAUUUUGAUUCCUUCAUUGGAAAACGACAUUUUACUGGUGAAGGAUAAGGAUUUAUUUAUCAGAUAUUUGCCAAUAACAGAUCCUUUAACAUGUAGUCAACCAUGCAUGGAUGGGCUGUAUGUCAUGCAUCAGUAGUCAGUGUCCAUUUCCUCUGUCCUAAGAAUGAUAUAGUUUGAUUGAGAGUUGUGUCCCCAUGAAAUAUUUAAUGUUGACCAGAGAUUAGGAUCUGUUGGGCGUACCUGUCAGUGCCUAUCUGUCAGGGGUGGUACUACCCACCUGUCUAACUUUGUCACCAUGGAUCAUUGAACCUUUUCAGGGAAUUAUAAAUGUUUUAUUGGCUUUUGUAUUGCGGAUAGUUUUUAUCAUAUCAGUUUGUUAAUAGCCAAGACCAAUUUUUGAAAACGCAUAAAUAUUUAAACAGCGUCAUUGAGGUUUGGACAUUUUAGAAAUGUUGACUUUUGUAAGUUUUAGAGUUUAAAAAGCUUUUCAGUUUUUAUGUCCCUUUAAUUCUUCAUUAAUGAAGGAAGAAACUCAUUUUGUAACGGAAUCCGUCCAGAAUAGGUAAUUUGUUAUCUGGAGUAAUUAUUGCAUGCAGUUGAUAAGGAGACACUUUGUGGAGACUGGUCAUUGUCCCUAUAAGAUGCUAAAAUCAUCCUUUGGUCGUGUAAAGCAAUGUAAAUCGUCCUUUGGUCGUGUAAAGCAAUGUAAAUCGUUCUUUGGUCGUGUAAAACAACGUAAAUCGUCCUUUGGUCGUGUAAAACAAUGUAAAUCGUCCUUUGGUCGUGUAAAACAAUGUAAAUCAUCCUUUGGUCGUGUAAAACAACGUAAAUCGUCCUUUGGUCGUGUAAAACAACGUAAAUCGUCCUUUGGUCGUGUAAAACAAUGUAAAUCAUCCUUUGGUCGUGUAAAGCAAUGUAAAUCGUCCUUUGGCCGUGUAAAGCAAUGUAAAUCGUCCUUUGGUCGUGUAAAACAAUGUAAAUCAUCCUUUGGUCGUGUAAAACAACGUAAAUCGUCCUUUGGUCGUGUAAAACAAUGUAAAUCGUCCUUUGGUCGUGUAAAACAAUGUAAAUCGUCCUUUGGUCGUGUAAAACAACGUAAAUCGUCCUUUGGUCGUGUAAAACAACGUAAAUCGUCCUUUGGUCGUGUAAAACAACGUAAAUCGUCCUUUGUUCCAGUGGGACCAGGUUCUUAAGUUUGAAACUCUGAUUAAAUAAUGUUUUAUUAUCACUCAGUGUCAUUUUACUGUCGAUGUUAACAAGUGAAUUCAUUAUUUUGUAAUUUUGUGUAUUAUGUUGUUGAUGUAAACAAGUGAAUUUAUAUUCUGUAAUUUUGUGUAUUAUACUGUUGAUGUAAACAAGUGAAUUUAUAUUCUGUAAUUUUGUGUAUUAUACUGUUGAUGUAAACAAGUGAAUUCAUUAUUGCGUAUUUGUGUGUUUAUGUCAAUUUACUUUAUUUAUUUAUGAACAUUACCAUUAGAUAUUUUCAGCAUUAAUCAACAUAUUUAAAUGCAGACUUCAUGUUACAUAAUGACCAUUUGUAAAUACUCUUUUGUACAUUUGUAUAUUAGAACUUGGUAUAUCUAUGCCCUUGUAUAUUGCUUUGUAAAUACUUUUUAGUCCGUUGGAAGCUUAGUGCUAAUUUUGUACAAGAGUCCAAAUGAAAUUGCAAACAUAGAUUUAUAAUUAUUUUCAAUAAAAUGGUUAUCAAAUGA